AUUUAGAUUUUUUUUUCUGCGUUAUUGUAGGUAACAUUUUACUAGUAUAUUUUCACAUGAAUUUUCAAAUGGAAAAAAUAUCAGGUUGAUGUGUACAAGUAUGGCAUCUAACGUCCCGGAUGAUGGCAGAACGUGUCCAGUGUGUUUCGACACAUAUUCAAAACCGAAGGUACUAGGAUGUGGUCACACAUUCUGUGAACUAUGCAUUCAUGAACACAUCAUGAAGAGUAAAGAGAAGGGAGUGUUGGGGAAAGGAAUAGAGUGCCCGUUAUGCAGGUCUCUUACUUGUGUCGAAAUGGAACAAAAUCAACCAGAAACAUGGGCAAAAUCGCUUCGUUCAAACUUUGCUCUAGAAACCAUCUUGUCUGCUUACUCGGACACAAAGCCAUGUGCAAAGAAUCCCGACACCGACACAGAUUUUCCGUUUGCUUGUCAGCCCUGUUUAGAGCAGGACAGUCACUCUGCAGCUGCUUUCCUUUGCAUAGAAUGUAACGAGUAUCAGUGCAUCGAAUGUUCAAAAAUUCAUAAAAGGUUUGGGUAUAUGAAAGGUCAUGGACUUACAAUUAUUGAGGGCAAUGAGGAAAAGCUAGCAUUUUUAUCUUCUGUGAAACAAAUGCAAUUGUGCCAUGGACAUAAAGAGCAGAUACAGUACGUGUGUUCCACUGAUAACGAACUUUGUUGUAGUUCUUGUAUUGUCGAAAACCACAAGCAAUGCAAGACGAUGAAUAUCAAAUCAAUGGCAGAGACAAACACAUUAGGAACAAUGAUGAAAUCAUUGAAAGAAUUAAAUUUAAAAGUUAAAUCUGCCACUAAAUUUUGGUCCGCUAGAAGCGACGAAAUGUUAAGUCAAAUCGAAACUAUACAAAAAGACAUUCGAGAAAAACGCGACAAGGUCAUGCAAAUGUUUGCAACAUUAGAAAAGCAAACUGUUUCAUAUUUGGAAGAAGCUAAUAGAGAGAGAAUUCCAGAAUACACGAGCAACCGUGAAGCUUGUGAAAAAUUAACGGCAGAUAUCGAUGAAGCGGUUAAAAAAUGCGAGUGUGCGAUUAUCAAUGGAACUCCUGUUCAACAAUAUAUUCUAGGUCAUAAUUUGCAGCUUAAAGAUAAAAUCAUUCAAUAUGGUGCAAAAGCUGCCGACGAGUUUAGUAAGCUGGAAACGACAGAAGUAAGGGUCAAGUAUUUUCCAAUAGGAGACAGCAAAAGAAGAAACGGUGAGGAAUUAGGAACACCCUUUGUGACCACGUCAAGAAUAAAUGUAGAAGAGAUUCAAGAUUGCAGAGCAGUACGCCUAGAGUUGAAAUCCAGUACCUUACAGAACUCACAUUUCUGGUACCGAAGCAUAGAUUAUCUAAAUGAUGGACGGCUCGUUGCUGUGGAGCACUUUAGUAACAAACUGUUAGUGUUUAACAAAAGACUGCGAUGUGUUGCAAAAUAUGAUAUGAACGUCAGACCUUACUCUGUAAAAAUAUCAAAAAGUGAUGCGAUUUUUGUGACCACUGGUGAAGCAAAGCUACUAUUUCAUUUUAAAGUGGAUGCAGACGACAAUCUGAUUCUUGUGCAAACGACUAAAUUGACAAUGCGUUGUGACUCACUCUCGCCAAUAGAUAACAACUCUUAUUUUGUAGGGUUAUUUGGAGGAAAAAACCCAUUAGGUGUUGUCUUUUGUAAUGGAGACGAAAAAGAUGUUUCUAUUGCGUUGCCUAUGAAACAAUAUACUGCAGAAAAUACAAAAUGUGUAUUCGAUUCUCAAAGCGGAAAGAUGGCGAUUAGUGACAAAAAUAUGGACACAAUACAUAUAUUUGAUACAAGAAGUAACACAAAAACAAGCUUUCGAUGUGAAGGCAUUCUGCAGCCCAGAGGUAUGGCUUAUGGUGCUGACGAUACAUUAUUUGUAUGCAGUGGUGGCACGGACUCUAUCGUUCACGUUACCACAGAGGGUCGUGUGUUGACCACUCAUAAACUAAAUAUAUCGCAUCCGUACUCAAUAUGUGUAUCGCGAGACAAAACUCACCUUGCAGUUGCAAAUAUGGAAAUAAGCAAUAAGCAGCUGCAGGUGUUUGAAUUGAAAUGAUAAAUUGCUGACGAGAACAAGUAAACACACGACAAAAUCUUGUAUCUAAUGAGUGUGAAGACAUACUUUUGCAUGCUCAUUUAUGUUUACAGCAUGUAAAGUCAGCAAUUUUGAACAAUCACUUUAAUCAGUAAUGGAUAAAUUUGAAGAAUGACAGAAAGACUGAACUACCUGAAAGAAAACCAAGGUCGCAGAUACAUCAGGAAAAGCUUCAAAGAACAUAGUAUCCCCACACUGUUGAAACUGUUGUGAAGUUUAUUUAAAACAUAAAACACGUAGACCCCGUUACCAACAUACCGCUUACAUCCGAAUUAAACAGUUGUCAGUUCAGUGUUAUUCCGCAGCAGUUUCUAAAUCUACAACUUUAUCUUCUUCGAGACAAACAUGUAUAGGAACAAGGCGAUCAGUGUCUCUAUAUACUCACGUAUUUUCAUAUUGAUGAUGAGUGCACGUAGUUAAUAUGAAUUGUUGGCACAAAAUUUGAAGAAAAAUGGUGUGUGUGGUUUUUUGUGUGUGUGUGUGUGAAUAAGCAACGUUUAAUGUAUUUGUCUUUUACUUUUUGUAUUUCCAUGUACCCAGUAAAUUCUGUUGCGCUACACAAAACUGCAUAAUUGUUUUGGUCAAAAUGAAUUAUCAGUAUGUAAAAUGGAAAUA